AUGGACUGGGAAGAGGACCUUGGACUGAUGUUGAAGACCAAAUUCUGCUCGAGUAUGUCAGGGAGAUGGGGGAAACUAUCGAGGGAAACAGGUCUGAAGAGAUAUGGGAACCGUUGUAGGCUUAGGCGGUUGAAUUAUCAGAAGCCGGAUAUCAAGAGAGGCAACAUUACAGAAGACGAAGAAGACCUGAUUAUCAGGCUCCACAAAUUCUUAGGCAACAGGAAAACCAUCGAAGACUUCGCUGAAGAGGCUGCGUCAUCAUUAGAAACCGACUCUCAUUUUACCAAAGAACUCAGACAACCGAGCGAUGGAAUUGAAGCAAAGAAUACAUAA